AUGGCAUCUCAAACGCUUCGACCGCAUCGAUCCCCCUCACCAGCUCCGGUCCCUUCCAUGCCAUCGGUGAACCAGAGCAACCCAGCCAAACUCACCCGCCAGAGUCUUGGACCUCCAUCCACUUCGACCGGUGCCGCUAAAGGCUUUACCGGUCUGGGAAUCACUUCGCCUUCCUUUGGUGCUCACCCUCGCCAUGUCUCUUCCAGUGUCGCACAGGGUACCUUGAACAGUGGUACGGGGAGAGAGUCGCUAUCUCCUCAUCCUGGUAUGACCGCAGGGAGAACCGUUUCGGGCAGCGCAACAAAUCUCGGCGGAAGACCGAGCUCGGAGUACAUCCCUUCUGGCAUGGGUAUCCGGGGCGAGGCAAAGACCCCAGAAGCUGAACAAAUCGACCAAUGGUUCAAGCAUCUCGCUAGCUGGGAGCAGACCCUUGAAGAGAUGGCAGCGGCAUCGACAGAUCAGAAUUUCACCGAGGAACUCGGUGCCAUUGAGCAAUGGUUCAGAGUCUUGUCCGAGGCAGAGCGAACCGCAGCGCUUUACUCACUUUUGCAGCACUCAACUCCCGUUCAGAUACGUUUUUUCCUCAGUGUACUUCAACACAUGGCGCAGUCUGACCCCAUGACGGCUCUCCUGUCGCCUACUCCCACCAACACGGCUACUAUACAGUCGAGACUGGACAGUCUUGGCCUCAAGUCGCCAAGCGCCGGGGGUGGAGCUGGUUUCCCCGGUUCACCGACUGUCGGACACUUCCUCGCUCCUGAAUCAGCGCUCGACUCGACGUCGGGCGCCAACAAGGCCAACAUGGCGUCCAGUCGAUCGCGUCAGAAUCGAAUCAGCGCACCGGGGACACUCCAGCCAAGUGAUAGAUGGCAGAGUAACCUCGAUCUGGUGACAGAGCGUGGAACAUCACCCGGAGUCGACUCGAACGCGUCUACUCGAUCCAAAUCGCCCGACUUGAGGCCAAAAUCCACCGAUUUUGCAGGCAAGGACGGUCGAUCACCUCGACUUUCUGGACUGGCCCAUCCGAAACCGGAGGCUGCGGCUGCAUCGCCUGUUCUCUCGCCAUUCCUCAACAACGCCUCAUGGGCCAGCAUGAGCAACACACCGCUCGUGCCCAUGUUCACCGACCCCAAGAUCGACCAGAUGGCAUCUGCACUGAAUCUGGCCAACUUGUCCUUGAACCAGAGUCGAGUGAACUUUGACGAUGCCCGCAAGUAUAGACGAGGAACGACUCGAAACGUUUCGGGACAAUACAACGACGACGGAGACCUCGUCCAGCCCCAAGGCCAACAACCUGGCCGCGCGACUUCGCCAUUGGUUGGACAAGGUGGAUGGGCAUCCGCAAGGUCACCUGUCCUCGAUCAAUUUGGACUUGGAAGUCUCGGACUCGGUGGUGAUCCCAGUGCAUUGUCUGGGCUUGGGGUGAAUCUCGCCUCAUUGGGAAUCAACAACGCAAAUGCCGCUCAGAUGCUGGCGUUGGCACAAGCCCAAGCUCAGUUCAGUCCUAUCCCAGGUGGAAACGGCUUCCCUGCGGCAUAUCCUGGACGUGGCAAUGUCCGUGGACCACCAGGGCGUCGCUCACCUCUAUUGGCUCAACGGAAUAGUCCCAAUCCAGACAAGUCCGCAGGCACAGGAGGUGGCGCCGGAGGCGGAGCCGGCGUGGCCGGUCCAGACGAUGUCGACAUGAAGGUGCUAGGUGAUAUCUCGGGCUGGUUGAGGAUCCUCAGAUUGCACAAAUACACGACCAACUUUGAGAAGUCCUCCUGGAAGGACAUGGUCAUGAUGACAGAUGCCGACCUGCAGAGCCACGGUGUGUCUGCCCAAGGAGCGAGAACAAAGUUCCUAAAAGUCUUUUACAAUGUCCGAGAGAAGGAGGGCAUCCCUCAUCCUCCUGGACAGGAAGAGUUUGCCCCUACGGCUGAGAAGAAGGACGUCAAGGUGUAG